UUUCCUUCGUUCCCCUCACAUCCUCUUGCGGCGCCACCAUCAUGCCACUGCCCUCAACCCCAAGGGUGGCUCUGCUUGCUGCUGCAAUACUACUCUUCACGCUACCAUCCUCACAAGCAUGGUACCUCCCGGGCUCAGCACCCCGCUCCUACUCGCUUGGCUCCCGCGUACCAUUCACGGUCAACUCCCUCCAACCAAUGACGGGCGCUUCCACUGGUCCCUCUAACGGACCCGGCUCGGGCAUCAACAGCAACACGCUCAACUCUCUGAUAUCCUUAGACUACUAUGACCCGCGCUUCCACUUCUGCCAGCCAAAGGACGGAGUAGAAGCACAGAGCGAGGGGCUGGGUAGUGCCCUCUUCGGCGAUCGCAUCUACUCGUCCGCAAUCGAUGCGAGUCUGCUCAAGGAGGAGAAGUGCAGGCACGUCUGCACAGUGAGUGUACCAGCUGAGGAUCAAGUGUGGAUCAAUGAGAGGAUACGCGAGCAAUAUGCUGUCAACUGGAUGGUGGACGGGCUUCCCGUCGCGACGAAGAAGGUCGCAGAUAGGACAAACGAGAUCUUCUACUCCAUCGGAUUUCCGCUAGGCAGGCUGUUGGAUGAUCAUGGACUGGCAUACGAGUCACCGGCGCUCAACAACCACUUGUCGGUAUACAUCGAGUACCACAAGCGCAAGGAGGGAGAAUACAGGAUCGUGGGCGCGUACGUGUUCCCGCAGAGCAAGGACAGUGCGGGAGGAGCGGUAGGAGGCAGUCCGGACUGUAACGCUGUUGCGCCGCUGCGGCUUUCAGACACAGAGAUAGGGCCUAACCGCACGGUCGCUUACACGAUGGACGUCUUCUGGAAGGAGUCCUCAACCCCUUGGGCCACGCGCUGGGAUGCCUACCUGCGUGUAUUCGACGCCAAGGUUCACGUCUUUGCCCUCGUCAACUCAAUCGUCGUCGUGAGCUUCCUGUGCUUGAUGGUUGCGAUGAUCUUGAUGAGGAACGUGACCAAGGACAUCAAUCGCUACAAUGCGCUCGACCUGGACGAAGGCCUGCAAGAGGACUUCGGGUGGAAGCUCAUCCACGGCGAAAUCUAUCGCACUCCCUCCCAUCCGCUCCUGCUAAGCAUCGCAGUAGGCACUGGCUCCCAGCUAAUCGCCAUGUCGGGCAUCACCCUCGCCUUUGCCUUGCUCGGCUUCCUCUCCCCCUCGAACCGCGGCUCCCUCGCAACGGUCAUGGUAGUUGGGUGGUGUCUCUUCGGCUCCGUUGCAGGCUACGUAGCCACGCGCCUCUACGCCACCUUGGAUGGGGAGCAAUGGCAGAAGUGCAUACUAGGGACUGCCCUCCUCUUCCCCACAGCGGUGUACGGGCUACUGAGCUUGCUCAACUUCUUCCUCCUCAUCUCCGGAUCGGCAAGCGCCGUGCCCUUUGGUACCUUCUUGGCGCUCGUGGCCCUCUGGUUCUUGCUCGACGUUCCGCUCGUCGCAGUAGGCGGCUUCUUUGGUGUUAGGAAGGGGCCAUGGAAGAAGGUGGUGCGUACCAAUGCAAUUCCUAGGCAGAUCCCGCCGGGACCAUGGUACCUUGAGCCCGGGCCCAGCAUGCUCAUUGGGGGUAUCCUGCCCUUCGGGGCCGCCUUCCUGGAGCUGCACUUCAUCUUGAGCUCGCUCUUUGGCACAAGAAUCUACUACGCGUUUGGCUUCCUCGCAAGCACAUUCGUCGUCACCGCAACAACCACAGCAACAGUGAGCGUCCUUUUUGCCUACUUCCACCUCUGCGCAGAGGAGUGGAGAUGGCAAUGGCGUUCCUUCUACACUGGAGGAGGGUCGGCAGUUUGGCUUUUCCUCUACGGCCUCUUCUACUGGACGACUCGUCUCUCCCUCCCCGGGCUGAGCGAGAAGGUCCUCUACCUCUCGUACCUGACGCUGCUCUGCCUGCUCGACUUUGUGCUCUUUGGCACGAUCGGGUAUCUCGCGUGCUGGUGGGCUAUUGGGAGGAUGUACCAGCGUGUGAGAAUCGAUUGAAAGCAGAUGGAGAUGAAUAGUACAAAAGGGCUCGAGAAUCGACGGGCAGGGGCUGUAGAAAAGAGGGAGAGGGGAAAUAGGCUAAAGGAUACCGGCAGAUUGUUUCCACUGCGAGCGGUCAAGUGAAAAAGACGAGAAGUGGUCAGCGUCCUGAUAUCUAUUGUCCAUAUUCCAAGCUGUGCUUGCCUCUCAUGCUAUGCUCACCAUCGGCAAAUUCUCCUUCAAAAAGCGCUCCAACUUAUCCGCGCAUUUGGCGUAGGGCGAAUUCUUCGGAUUAUACGCCCUGCAAUUAUCAAAGAUCCUCUGCGCAUCUUUGACCAGCCCAUCAAGUCCAUCCUGU